UCAAAGUUUUGUUUGACCAAUGCUUAUAUCAUUGACAUGAUCUGAAGACAACUUAUUACCAUAAAUCCUAUGCAUGAUAAACUCACCUGUAGUGUCUCGACAAUGUGUUUAUGACCCCCAGGAUCGCGAAAUUGAAUCAAAAGUAGCAUGUUUAGGGUUUCACUGAAUCAAAAGUAGCAUGUUUUGGGUUUCACUGUAUGAUGGAGAAUAAAACUAAAAGAAGAGAGAUUUUAAACGUCUGCACGAAAAGAUAGGAUACCAUUUCCACUGAUUUCUAUCCAGUCCAGUCUGGAAAAAUGGGGGCGAGUCCGAUCCAGUUCCAGAGUUUGGGUUUGAAAUUACGUCAGUCGGUUUUGCGGAAGUGGCUCGUCAGAGUUGUCGUAUAAUCGAAACUGAAAUUAGAAGUCGUAGAAGGUGAACUUGUGGAUAUUUCUAAUAUGGCUUUCGCUUCACAUACUGUAGAGGACACUCUUACAACUGCACAACAUGCCCUUGCAGUUCACUAUGGAAACAGUUACCCUUGUAGCAAUAGGGUUCAAGAAAGCCUGAGGGAAUUAUUAAAUCAGAAGUUUGAUGGGUCACCUAAGAGCUUUGUUGAAAAAUUUCUCAGACCAACUACAUUACUACUGGAGCAACUUAAAGCUGAGGGGUUUCCUGUAGUCAAGGAUGGCAGAGUUAUUCUUCAUCUAUCUGCACCAUUAAACCAUCUGGAGGUUGGAGAAAUGUUUUUUCAGGUUGGGCACACCACACCAGGGACAUUGACGCUGAAGUUUGCAAAGCUAAGAAGCAACACGGUGUUCUUACAGCCUGCAAUCAUUGGGGAAAUCGAAUAUCACUUAGCAUUUACCCAGAGAUACCUUCAGCAGCUACGAAAGGAAGCUGGUACCUCUGGCGGUAACUUGCUGCAGCUGCUAGUGGUUUCUACAAUAAAUGGUCAGGACUGUGCUACUGAAAAGAUAGGGGUAAAUAGAAUAAUGCCGUUCUCGUUUGGGCAUAGUAUCAACGGUACACCAUCCUCAGCAAUUGAUCAUCCAGUCAAUAAUGGAAAUUUGUCUUGUCGCCAACCUGAGGAGAACUCUAGUUUCCAGCCUGUACGACAUUCUUUGGACGAUCGUACAGGCUUUCAGGCACGCCCUUUGGCAAAUUCAAGUACCAGUUUAAUGAACACUGAUCGAAAACAUAAAGAACAACAGUCAGACCCUUCGACUAGGAACAAUAUCGUGUAUCCUGCUUUACCUCAAGCGGCUUAUAAUCUCCCACCGCCGAAUAGUAACGAGCAGUUUCAACACGAAUGUUCUUCGGUUGCGGUAUUUGAUUAUAAUCCAGCGUAUUCUCCUCUUUCUCAAGCGGAGAGGGAUCAAACUACUCAAGAACGUACUGAUCAACAACUUCAGACGGAAAAUUUUCCAGGAACAAGCAACCCACCCUACCCUCCUGUUCAUGAAGCAGUAAACGAUCAACCUAUUCCGGACGAAACUGUCACUGGGCAGCCAGAACACUCGUCAAGUGCGGGUGGAAACAAUCCACAGUAUCCUCCGAUUCAUCGAGCGGUCAGAGAUCAACCAACUCCAGAGGCCAAAAGUGAGCGACCCUUUAAGGAGGAACUGUCACGAGAUGGCGGAGAAAAGAGCCAAUCAUACCCUUCUAUUUAUCAGGCAGUUAUCCAUCAAAGCACAUCAGAUAGUAGUGCAAAGGAGCCCUCAUCAUGCUUAAGUGGAAGCAAUCCACCUUAUCCUCCAAUUCACCAGGCGGUUGGAGAUCACACUAAACCAGAGGACACGGGACAGCUACUAUUCCAGGAAGAACCCCCCUCAGCUGGAGAAGAAAGGAAUCCAUCUUAUCCUUCUAUUCACCAGGCAGUUAGCAAUCAAGGCACCCCAGAUACUGGUCAACACGAACACUCAUCAGGAGCAAGUAGAAACAAUCCACCUUAUCCUCCAAUUCACCGAGCGGUAAGAGAUCAAACUACACCAGAGGACACGGGACCACCACUCUUCAAGGAGGAACCCCCCUCAAGUGGAGAAGAAAGGAAUCCAUCUUAUCCUUCCAUUCACCAGAAAGUUGACGUUCAAGGUACAAUAGACAACGGUCAGCACGAACACUUAUCAGGUGCAGGUGCAAACAAUCCACAGUAUCCUUCAAUUCAUCGAGCAGUCAGAGAUGAACUUACCCCAGAGGACAUGGGUCAGCAAAAUUUUAAGGAAAAACCCGCCUCAGUUGGCAGAGAAAAUAAUCCGUCAUACCCUUCCAUUCACCAGGCAAUAAGCGAUCAAUGCACAACACACAGUGGUGGGCAAGGACACUCAUCAGGUGCAGUAGGAGACAAUCCACAGUAUCCUCCAAUUCAAAAGGCGGUUAGAGAUCAACCCACAUCAGAAGACGUAGAUCAACAACCCUCUCGUGCGGAACAGUCUCCUGAUGGAGGAGAAGAAAAUCCAUUAUACCCUUCCAUUCAUCAGGCAAUUACCGAUCAACGCAUAACAAGCACUGCUCGCCAAGAACACUCAUCAGGUGCAGGUACAAACAAUGCACAGUAUCCUCCAAUCUACCGAGCGGUCAGAGAUCAACCCACAUCAGAAGAUACAGAUAAACGACCCUCACGGGAGGAACACUCCUCAAAUUUGCGAGAAAAGAAUCCUUCAUACCCUCCCAUUCAUCAGGCAGUUGACGAUCAGUGUAAACCACACGCGGGUCAUUUGAGGAACUCGCCAGGCGUAGGUGUAAACAAUCCGCCGUAUCCUCCUAUUCACCAAGCAGUUGACGAUCAGUGUAAACCACACGCGGGUCAUUUGAGGAACCCGCCAGGCGCAGGUGUAAACAAUCCACCGUAUCCUCCUAUUCACCAAGCAGUUAGCGAUCAGCCUACACCAGACACUAGUGACCAUGAACACUCGUCAGACGCAAGUGGACCCGAUCCUUCCCAGUGGGCACCAAGUGAUCAGAAUACUACGGAAAAUACUGGGCACCAAAAUGCAAGGGCGCAAGUGACUGGCGCAGUUGGGAACAACCCAAAUCAGGCCAUCCGAAGCGGAAGUGCGAAAGAUAAGUUGCAACGUUUUUUAUUGGUGAAAACCAUGGAGAAGGUGCUACUCAUUGUAGUGUUGUUUUCUCUGUUUAAGCCUGUCUUACUGGAGAAAGGAAGUUUUUGGCAAGUGACAGAUUUCCACUAUGACAAAACGUACCAGUCUCCCACGGACCCUGGAAAAAUAUGUAAUUCCCAGACCCCUUUCAGCCAGACUCCUAGCCACGCUGGUAAAUGGGGAAACUAUCUUUGCGAUUCUCCUUGGAGACUUAUAAACUCAUCAGUAUAUGCAAUGAAGAGCAUCGAACCAAAUCCAGAUUUCAUCAUUUGGACAGGUGAUGACAUGCCACACGUUCCAAACAGCCAACUGAGUACAGAAGAAGUGAUAGAAACCGUAAAGAACCUAACCGACCUACUAAGCGCUGCUUUUCCAAACACGACGGUUUAUCCGGCCCUCGGCAACCACGACUACCAUCCGAAGCACCUGAUGCCACCCAAACCGAAUGACAUUUACCGGGCAGUCGGUAAUUUAUGGAGCCGAUGGCUCCCUCACGAUGCGGUGAACACUUUUAAGGAAGGCGGAUUUUACACAGUUCUCAUUAAGCCUGGCUUGCGUUUAGUCAGUCUGAAUACUGUGUAUUACUAUACAAACGACAAGCUAACAGAGAGUAUCGCUGAUCCUGCCGGCCAGUUUGAGUGGCUAGACGUUUUGCUCACUAAUGCAAGUCGCAAUAACGAGAAGGUGUUCAUUAUAGGUCAUGUUCCGCCUGGUGCUUUUGAGCGAGCUCCAGGAAAGAAGUGGUUUUAUCCCAAGUUCAACAAAGAUUACCUCGCCGCCAUCAUGAAGCAUGCUGAUGUCAUCACCGGCCAUUUUCUUGCUCAUCAGCAUUGCGACAGCUUUAAAAUUCUCUACGACUGCAAAGGAAUUCCUACAAGUUCCAUUUUCUUGUGCCCUGCAGUAACGCCUUGGAAGACAGUGCUACCCACUGUUGGCUACAAUAAUCCUGGCAUUCGGCUUUAUAAGUAUGACAGAAGCACCAUGAACGUUAAGGAUGUUUGGCAGUACUUUACCAACCUAACACUGGCCAACACGAUGUCCGAACCGGACUGGGUACUAGAAUACAAAGUCACUGAAGCCUUCCGCAUUCCAGAUGUAAGCCCGAAGUCUCUUCAUUCGCUGGUUGAAACGUUCAAAACUCAAGGCAGCUCCAACUUUGUCAAGUAUUACUUGUACAACUCUGUUAGCGCUGGUGGUGAACAGUGCGACGAGGAAUGCAAAACAGCACAAAUUUGUGGCAUUACAGAAGUUGACUUUGAUAAGUAUGAUGUCUGUGUAUCGCCUUCCACAAGUUCAUCUCCUUUGAAGGCUGCAACAGUCUCGGUCUAUGUCGCAAUUCUUGUUUUAUGGUCACUUUCUGUAAUAAUUUCAAAGAAUUAGUGCUGAUCAGGGAGUAAGCGUAUUUUAUUGACGUAAUCAUGUUGCUUAUAGUGGAGAAGGAGGCAUUCUGAGUAGGCAUAAUUUACAUUGCUUGUCCCUUGUUAUUGUAUUGGUUUUUCUUCUGCUUUUUUGUGUGUUGUUCUGAAUUUUGGCUCCAGCUUAAUAAAUCAUAAGUUAUGUUUAUGCUUUACUGAUUAGGAUUUCACGACAGUUUCGUCCAGCAUUUAUGUGAAGCUUGAUUACAGUACGUUCUUUGAUCCCUAAAUUCAAAUGAAAAUGCUAAUUCAGGAUUUUUCUUUGUGUAAUAAAUUUUUUAGAUAUUCUUGCCAUGAUGGUUACCAAACAGUUCCAAAUCGUGAGAUGUGACUGAAUUUAAUGGUUGCCUCUUAAAGUCGAGAUAACCAAAUAUGCGCUACACAUUAUAAGAGAUUAUUAUGAUAUAAAAUUAUUCACCGAGGUGGAGGUGAAUAUACCGAAAAUGGUCGUAAAUUAAACUCUGGACGCGCGCUUUUGAUUCUUUGACCUCUCGUAGGUGAAUAGCGCUUGCUAAUCACCUCCAAACUAGCCAAUCAACGCCCGCGAAAAGCAGUAUUCACCUGUAUGGUAUAUGCUGACAUUAAUAAGAAGUCUAUUCGGGGAUGUGAGGCUCUUGGAAAUUUUUACAAGACAUUUCUCAUCCAUUCCCCCGUAUCUUAAGUUAAUUUUCCAGACAUGAGAAGCAGAAACAAUUUUUUCAAAAAAGCCAAGGAGACCACCGCAAUGUGAUGGUUUCAGGCCUCGUCGAUAUAUUUGCCUCGAUGUCCAUGACGAAGAAUGCCCUCCACAAUUUCAGUCAUGUGAAGGAAAACGCCAAAAUGACAAUCUAAGCUUUGAACUAUUUUGCACUAAGCACAAUAAAGAAAAUUGAAUUGUA